CUCCGUCCCCCCUAUGAGUUGUGGUUGAGUGAUCCACUGUGGCGCGAAAUGCAUUGGCAGCCGAUUCCAAGCAGAGAACACAUUGCUGUAGAUAAGUUAUUUGUGACAAUCUGGUAGUAUUACGGGUUGUUCAUAUACAAAGUUUAUUAGCAGGACCUGGUCAGUCUUUUGCAGACAGGUCUAACCUGACAGACAGACAGAGAUACGUUUAUUUGCUUAGGUGUAUAAUACGUACUUUUUUUGUCCACGUGUAACCAAGACUACGUUAAAGCUUUCAAUUCUAGUAUCAGGGCUGUAUAUAAUCCGAGAUUUUUAUUUUUUAUUUUUAAAAGUGUUUUUUUGACUUGCUUUAAUUUUAGAGCAUUUUUUUUUAAAUCAAUUCUCCAUUGAAAAACUAAAACCGGGUUGUAAAAAUGAGCAGCAUCGUGAACGCUGAAAGGAGUGUGUCUCCCCAGUGCCCCAAACCCAAUGAGCCUGGUCAGCCCGAGGGGACAUCUGUGGAGCAGAGUGGCUCUGGGAGAGAGAGCCCUACAAUGGUAGUCUCAGGGCUGGUGGGAGACCUUAUAACGCCUGAAAUGCUGGAAGAGGAGAAACAGUUAAUGAAAGAAGGACAUGAAAAAGAGAAGGAAAUGAUGGAACAAUCCCGUGCGGCUUGGGAGAGAGACUCCCAUGAAAUGCGUUUCAAGAGGCUGCAGCACUUGCUUGAGAAGAGCACCGUCUACUCCAAAUUUCUACUGAUGAAAAUGGAGCAGCAGCAGUUGGAGGAGAAAAAAAGAAAAGAGAAGGUGGAGAAAAAGAGAGAAUUACUUUUGGCUAAGCAAGAGAAACAAACGGUAACAGAUAAAAAGAAAAGAGCAAGAGAAGACUACAUGAUUUCGGACAUUAUGACCAAAGAGGUGAUCAUGUCAAAAGCCAAGAAGACUAAAGUCAAACAUGAGGACUCUCCUUCGUCUUCCAAGGAGUUGGGAGCCCUUGAGAGAAAUGACGAUUCUCAUUCUGAGAUAAAGAACCGCCUGUCUCAAUCUGUGCGACAAAAUGUCCAGCAUCUCUUUGACCCAGAGAGGAAAUUGGAUGGCCAGCCUGUCCCAUACCAGCAGCCGAAAAACUUCACCGGUGGAGUCAUGAGGUUGUACCAGAUUGAGGGCAUGGAGUGGCUCAGGAUGCUGUGGGAGAAUGGGAUUAACGGGAUACUGGCUGACGAGAUGGGUCUGGGGAAGACUGUUCAAUGCAUUGCAACAAUCGCCAUGAUGGUGGAGAAAGGGGUCACGGGACCUUUUUUGGUUGUGGGCCCCUUGUCUACACUCCCGAACUGGGUUUCAGAGUUUAAGAGAUUCACACCAGAAAUACCUGUAUUGCUGUAUCAUGGACCACAGCAAGAGAGACGCAACCUGAUCAAAUUGAUUCGCAAACGGCAGGGAUCACUUCAUGUUAAUCCUGUAGUUAUCACGUCUUUUGAAAUUGCCAUGAGAGACAGGAGAAGCCUACAGCAUUGUUACUGGAAGUACCUGAUAGUUGACGAAGGGCACAGAAUCAAGAACAUGAACUGCCGGCUGAUUCAAGAGCUGAAGCAGUUCAACUCUGACAACAAACUGCUGCUUACUGGUACUCCUCUACAGAACAACCUGGCUGAGCUGUGGUCUCUGCUCAACUUCCUGCUCCCUGAUGUCUUUGAUGACUUGAAAAGCUUUGAGUCCUGGUUUGAUAUAACCAGUGUCACUACUGGUGCAGAAAAUAUUAUUGCCAAAGAACGAGAGCAGAAUGUUUUGCACAUGCUUCACCAGAUUCUAACCCCAUUCUUGCUAAGGAGACUGAAGUGUGAUGUCACACUUGAAGUUCCCCCUAAACGAGAGGUGAUAGUCUACGCUCCUCUCACCAAGAAGCAGGAGACUUUCUACACUGCCAUUGUUAACAAAACCAUCGAGAAAAUGCUUGGGAUGGCCCCGGACACCAAACCAGUGGAGUUGACUGAAUCCGGGAGGCCAAAGAGAAGGCGCAAGGGCCCUGUGAACUAUAACGAGCUGUCUGGGGAGUCCCCACUGGCACUGGAGAGAUACCUUGCUAAACUGCAGAAAGAAGCGGACCAACAGCCAAGCAGGCCCUUGGUAGAUGUGCAGGUGUCUGUUGAUGCUGAGAUCAACCUAAAACUCCAGAAUGUUUUGAUGUUGCUGAAGAGAUGCUGUAAUCACCCAUACCUCAUUGAAUACCCACUUGACCCUGCCACUCAGAAUUUUAAGAUUGAUGAGCAGCUGGUGCAGAGCUCAGGAAAGUUCCUUAUACUUGAUAGAAUGCUGCCAGAACUGCAGAAAAGGGGACACAAGGUUCUAAUCUUCUCUCAGAUGACCUCUAUUCUGGAUGUGCUGAUGGAUUACUGUUAUCUCAGAGAAUUAAAAUACAGCCGACUGGAUGGAUCAAUGUCCUAUACAGAGCGAGAGGAAAAUAUGAGAAGUUUUAACACUGAUCCUGACGUUUUCAUCUUUCUGCUGAGCACAAGAGCUGGGGGUCUGGGGAUAAACCUCACAUCGGCUGACACUGUCAUUAUUUUUGAUAGUGAUUGGAAUCCACAGUCUGACCUCCAGGCCCAGGACAGGUGUCACAGAAUUGGCCAGACCAAACCAGUAGUUGUAUACCGCUUGGUGACUGCCAACACCAUUGACCAGAAGAUUGUAGAGAGGGCUGCUGCCAAGAGGAAACUGGAGAAGAUGGUCAUUCAUAAAAAUAAGUUCAAAGGUGGCAAGUCAGGGCUGAAGGAGUCUGCAGGCUGCUUAGACCUCCAGGAGCUCAAGGAGCUGCUGAAAUCCAGGGACCAUGAGAGAGAGGUGAAAGGAACAGGAAAAAAUGUCAUCAGUGAUAGAGAGCUGGAAACACUGCUGGAUCGCACUGACCUGCUUGAUCAGAUGACGAAUAUGAAGAAGGAACAAGAUGAUAGGCUCUUUAAAGUGAUUGAAAACACCAAUGAGUCUGAUUUUCAUCUUGCAUAAGAAUUAGCACUGCCUGUGUGUCAGGAAAACAUACUGCAUUUUUAAUACUGUAACGGUCAGUGUUGGGCCCAGUAACUCUUGUUUCUAGAGGGACUAAAGACUAUGGAAAUCCCAAGAUGUUUGUGUUUUCAGUAUACCUGAGAGGCCGGGCGACCUAAAGGUCCUGUACAGCUAUGGGCAAAAGUUUUGCAUCACCUAGAAUUUUAGGAUUGAGACCAGUCAGUAUAAUUUAGAUAUUUUAU